AUGAUAUUUUCGAGGGCUAUGCUUACUCGACGUGUAUUGGUUAGAGGUUUGGCAACAGUCAAGUCCCCCAUUCCGAAAUUAACAGAUGUGUUAAUCGUUGGCGGUGGCCCAGCUGGUCUAACUUUGGCGGCAUCGAUUAAAAAUUCCCCUCAAUUGAAGGAUUUAAAGACAACUUUGGUCGAUAUGGUGGACCUAAAGGACAAGUUAUCUAAUUUUUAUAGUUCACCCCCGGAUUACUUUACAAAUAGGGUCGUUAGCGUUACGCCAAGAUCUAUACACUUCUUAGAGAAUACUGCUGGAGCAACCCUAAUGCACGACAGAAUCCAAAGUUAUGAUGGACUUUACGUCACGGAUGGUUGCUCUAAAGCUACUUUGGAUCUUGCAAAAGACUCUAUGCUUUGCAUGAUUGAAAUUAUAAAUAUACAGGCCUCCCUAUACAACAGGAUUUCGCAGUACGAUCCAAAGAAGGACUCAAUUGAUAUUAUCGAUAAUACAAAGGUCGUCAAUAUCAAACAUAGUGACCCUAAUGACCCGUUGUCUUGGCCUUUGGUCACUCUUUCCAGUGGUGAAGUGUAUAAGACGAGAUUACUAGUGGGUGCAGAUGGGUUCAAUUCUCCUACCAGGCGUUUUUCUCAAAUCAAAUCCAGGGGUUGGAUGUACAAUGCCUACGGUGUUGUAGCCAGUAUGAAAUUAGAGUAUCCUCCCUUUAAAUUGAGAGGUUGGCAAAGAUUUUUGCCAACUGGCCCUAUUGCACACUUACCUAUGCCUGAGGACAACGCCACCCUGGUUUGGAGUUCUUCCGAACGUUUAUCGAAACUGUUGUUAUCAUUACCUCCAGAAUCGUUUACUGCGCUCAUCAAUGCAGCCUUCGUCUUGGAAGACGCAGAUAUGAACUAUUAUUAUCGUUUAUUGGAAGAAGGUUCUAUGGACACAGACAAAUUGAUAAAAGAUGUCAAGUACAGAACAGACGAAAUAUAUGCUACCCUAAAGGAUGAUUCAGAGAUUGACGAGAUAUACCCACCAAGAGUGGUUAGUGUAAUAGAUAAGACAAGAGCACGUUUCCCACUAAAAUUGACGCAUGCUGAUCGCUAUUGUACUGAUAGAAUUGCCCUUGUUGGGGAUGCCGCUCAUACGACACAUCCUCUCGCCGGUCAAGGGCUGAACAUGGGUCAAACAGACGUUCACGGUUUAGUGUACGCGUUAGAAAAGGCAAUGGAAAGAGGUUUAGACAUUGGUUCUUCAUUGAGUUUAGAGCCAUUUUGGGCAGAAAGAUACCCAUCUAAUAAUGUUUUAUUGGGGAUUGCAGAUAAAUUAUUCAAAUUAUAUCACACGAACUCCGCGCCUGUGGUAGCCUUGAGAACACUCGGCUUAAAUUUGACCAACAAGAUCGGCCCACUUAAAAAUGUCCUUAUUGACACAUUAGGAGGGAAUGAGAAAUGA